CUGAUGCAUCUGUAGAACACAGAAAAGAGAACCGGGGAGCAGGAGGACGCUGGUACAUUUUAACAAAACAGAAAAAUGGGGUUGGGAAGGGGGAAUGACAAAUACAAGGCAGUUAACACUGUGGAUGGGGGGAAAAUGAGCAAUAAAGAGAAGAAUACAGAUGACCUGAAGAAAGAACUAGAUCUGAAUGAUCACAAGCUGACUUUGGAUGAACUCCGCCAGAAAUAUGGCACUGAUCCUAACAAGGGUUUGUCCAGUUCGCGUGCAAAGGAGAUAUUACUACGUGAUGGACCCAAUGUUCUAACGCCUCCUCCUACAACCCCAGAAUGGAUCAAGUUUUGCAGACAGCUCUUUGGUGGAUUCUGUACAUUACUGUGGAUUGGGGCUUUCCUUUGUAUUUUGGCAUUUUUUGUUCAGAUUGCUACAGAGAAUGAACCAACAAAUGAUAAUUUGUACUUGGGAAUUGUCCUAGCUUCAGUGGUCUUAAUCACUGGAUGUUUUUCAUACUACCAAGAGGCUAAAAGCUCAAAAAUUAUGGAUUCCUUUAGGAAUCUUGUGCCACAGCAAGCACUAGUAGUUCGUGAUGGCGAAAAGAAGGACAUCAAAGCUGAAGAUGUAGUUGUUGGUGACCUGGUAGAGAUCAAGGGUGGAGAUCGAAUUCCUGCGGACCUGCGUAUUAUCUCUGCACAUGGAUGCAAGGUUGACAACUCCUCACUUACUGGAGAAUCUGAACCCCAACCACGGACACCUGAAUUCUCCCAUGAGAAUCCACUGGAGACGAAGAAUAUUGCGUUCUUUUCAACAAAUUGUGUUGAAGGUUCUGCCAUGGGUAUUGUCAUUAACACUGGCGAUCGCACUGUGAUGGGUCGAAUUGCUUCCUUGGCCUCAAGUCUUGAGGUUGGAAAGACCCCAAUUGCCAUAGAGAUAGAGCACUUUAUUCACAUUAUUACAGCUGUGGCUGUGUUUUUGGGUGUCACGUUUUGCAUCCUGUCCCUUAUUCUUGGGUAUGGCUGGCUUGAAGCUGUCAUCUUCCUCAUUGGAAUCAUUGUUGCCAAUGUUCCUGAGGGUCUGCUUGCGACAGUAACUGUGUGUUUGACUUUAACUGCCAAGCGUAUGGCAAAGAAGAACUGUUUAAUUAAAAAUCUUGAAGCGGUGGAGACACUUGGCUCUACAUCCACUAUUUGCUCAGACAAGACAGGAACUCUGACCCAGAACCGUAUGACUGUGGCACACAUGUGGUUUGACAACCAGAUCCAUGAAGCAGAUACCACAGAAGACCAACGUGGAGUAGCUUUCGACAGAAGCUCUGCCACUUGGUCUGCCCUUGCCCGAGUAGCUGCCCUGUGCAACCGUGCCGUCUUCCUUGCAGAUCAAGCCAACAUUCCUGUACUUAAGAGAAAUACCGCAGGAGAUGCGUCAGAGUCUGCCCUGCUGAAGUGUAUUGAGCUCUGCUGUGGUUCAGUCAUGGAUAUAAGAGGCAAAUACAGGAAGGUGGCCGAGAUCCCUUUUAACUCCACUAACAAAUAUCAGCUUUCAAUCCACAAGAACCCAAAUGCUUCAGAAACCAAGAACUUGCUUUUAAUGAAAGGUGCACCUGAGAGGAUCUUGGACCGGUGCUCAACUAUUAUGAUUAAUGGAGAAGAAAAACCUUUAGAUGAUGAAAUGAAGGAUUCCUUCCAGAAGGCAUACAUAACACUCGGAGGUCUUGGAGAAAGAGUUUUAGGUUUCUGCCAUUACAACCUCCCUGAUGAUCAGUUUCCUGAAGGAUUUGCAUUUGACACAGAGACGGUGAACUUCCCUACUGAGAAUCUGUGCUUUAUCGGCCUCAUGUCUAUGAUCGAUCCUCCUCGCGCUGCCGUGCCUGAUGCUGUUGCUAAGUGCAGGAGUGCUGGAAUCAAGGUUAUCAUGGUUACCGGUGAUCAUCCAAUUACAGCUAAAGCCAUUGCUCGGGGUGUGGGGAUCAUCUCUGAAGGCAGUGAGACUGUGGAGGACAUUGCUGAUCGUUUGAACAUUUCCAUUGAAGAGGUCAACCCCAGAGAGGCAAAGGCAUGUGUUGUUCACGGAGGAUUGUUGAAGGACAUGACACCAGAUCAGUUGGAUGAGAUCCUUAUAUAUCACAGUGAGAUUGUAUUUGCAAGAACUUCUCCUCAACAAAAACUCAUCAUCGUGGAAGGUUGUCAGCGACAGGGAGCCAUUGUAGCUGUGACUGGUGACGGUGUUAAUGAUUCUCCUGCUCUGAAGAAGGCUGAUAUUGGAGUAGCAAUGGGUAUUGCUGGAUCUGACGUCUCCAAACAGGCUGCUGAUAUGAUUCUCCUGGACGAUAACUUUGCUUCUAUUGUUACUGGUGUAGAAGAAGGCCGACUGAUCUUUGACAACUUGAAGAAAUCCAUUGCAUACACACUGACAAGUAAAAUCCCUGAGAUGUCACCGUUCCUGUUCUUUGUUGUUGCCGGCAUUCCUCUUGCUCUGGGCACAGUCACUAUUUUAUGUAUUGAUCUUGGAACUGAUAUGGUGCCUGCUAUUUCUUUGGCCUAUGAGGCUGCUGAGAGUGAUAUCAUGAAAAGAAAACCCAGAAAUGCCAAAACAGACAAAUUAGUGAAUGAAAGGCUUAUCAGUAUGGCUUAUGGUCAGAUUGGAAUGAUGCAGGCUGCAGCAGGGUUCUUUACCUACUUCGUCGUCCUUGCUGAGAAUGGAUUCCUGCCACUAUCUCUAACGGGACUCCGUAUUGACUGGGACAAUAGGGAUUACAAUGACCUGGUGGAUGACUACGGCCAGCAAUGGACAUAUGAAAGCAGAAAAAUUCUGGAAUACACAUGCCACACUGCCUACUUUGUCAGUAUUGUCGUCGUGCAGGUGGCAGACCUGAUCAUCUGUAAGACAAGGGUUAAUUCCAUUGUGCAGCAGGGCAUGACCAAAAACAAAGUCCUCAUCUUUGGAAUUUUCGAGGAGACUGCACUUGCAGCGUUCUUAUCCUAUUGUCCAGGAAUGGAUGUCGCUCUUAGAAUGUAUCCACUGAAGCCAUGGUGGUUGUUAUGCGCAGUGCCAUAUUCACUCCUCAUUUUCUUCUAUGAUGAAGUAAGAAGAUACCUUCUCAGGCGAAAUCCAGGAGGCUGGGUCGAACAGGAGACCUAUUACUAAAGCAACCCACUACACCAUCCACGACCUGCUGCCCACACCUUCACAAUGUUUCAACCAUUUUAUCUCAUCUAUACAACUCAAUGGCUAUUAAAUUAUUUAUCAAAUAAAUAUCAGACGUUUAAAGAAUGUGUUG